GAAUAACACGCAGUAUCAUGUGACUUCUUCAGACAAACAUGGCGUCCGGGCAGAACGAGCCGUCUGCUUCCAAACGUCCAGUGGCGGUUUUAAAGGUUUUGGUUCGUUUCGUUGUUGUGUCUUUUUUGUGUACACCAUGUCGAGCGGAAAUACAAACAGCCGUCAUUGACAAACAAAGCGGACAGAUGUCUGUUGUUGAAGGGUUCCAAGAAGAUUUUGUGGCGUGGGCGAAUUUCAGCGACGACAUCAAAACAACAGGCUGGUCCUUCCUGGAGAUCACUACCAGCAGCAAGUACAAUGACAGCAUCCAAGCUUACGCUGCAGGCGCAGUGGAGGCUGCAGUCACAUCUCAGCUCAUCUAUAAGCACUGGAUGAACACGCUGAUGAAUUACUGUGGACCCUUCACGUCUGAGACAAAUUACUGCGAGCGACUUAAAGCUUUCAUAGCAGCUAACAUGCUGUGGGUUCAGGAGCAAGUAGAGAAACAGCCAACCUCACCCUACUGGUACCAGGUGCGGCUGGUACUGUUGCAACUGAAAGGUUUGGAGGACAGCUACAAUGACCAGCUGUCAUUUCCAACAGGACCCUUCUCCCUCAAUCCUUUUGGCUUUCUACUUUUCCAAAUGGGUGGAGAUAUUGAAGAUUUGGAAUCCGCUCUGAAUAGAUCCAGCCAAACUCAACCGCUGGGGUCUGGUUCCUGCUCUGCUCUCAUUAAACUGCUGCCAAAGAACAAGGAACUUUUGGUGUCACAUGACACAUGGAACACAUACCAGGCCAUGCUUCGCAUCAUGAAGAAAUACACCUUUGCUUUUAAAAUGUCUCCCUCAGGCAAAGAUCCUCUUCCUGGAGGAACACAGGCCUUCUCCUCCUACCCUGGAUCCAUAUUUUCUGGAGAUGACUUCUACAUUCUGAGUAGUGGCUUGGUUACAUUGGAAACCACUAUUGGCAACAGCAAUCCUGCUCUCUGGAAGUUUGUUCAGCCCACAGGAACAGUGAUGGAAUGGCUGCGGAAUAUUGUUGCGAAUCGACUUGCUGUCACUGGCAAAGAGUGGGCGCAGAUAUUCAGCAAGUUCAACAGUGGAACGUACAACAACCAGUGGAUGAUUGUGGACUAUAACCAGUUCACUCCAGGAGAGACAGACCUUAAAGAGGGGCUCUUUGUUGUCCUGGAGCAGAUUCCGGGACUUGUUGUUUACGAUGAUAAGACAGAGGAAUUGCAGAAGAAAGGGUACUGGGCAAGUUACAACAUACCGUACUAUGUGGACAUAUUUAAUGCCAGUGGCUGCAAUGAACUGGUAGAGAAAUUCGGCCCUUGGUUCUCACUUGACCAGAAUCCUCGAGCGCAGAUAUUCAGAAGGAACCAGACAUAUAUCACAGAUUUGGACUCCAUGGUCGCACUCAUGAGAUAUAAUAACUUUAAAGAAGAUCCACUAUCAAAAUGUGAAGGCUGUGAUCCACUUCAUAAUGGGGAAAACGCAAUCUCGGCCCGUUCAGAUCUGAACCCAGCUAAUGGAACAUAUCCGUUUGGUGCCUUAAGGCAGAGGCCACAUGGAGGGACCGACAUGAAGAUGACAUCCUACGAAAUGUUCAAGGACUACAGCAUGCUGGCAGUCAGUGGGCCAACAUGGGACCAGGUUCCGCCCUUCCAAAGCUGUAGCUUGCCACAUCCAAGCAGUCUGAUGAUGCGGGUCUGGCAGCCAAUCUCUAACCUCAGAGAGUAUGUAUCCCAUAAUCCUCCGGGUGCAACAUUUUUCCUGUGCCUGUUGAGUCUGGCUCUGUCGUUCAUCUGCCUCAGCUUUUACAUCAACACUCAUACCCUUCCAAACCCUGACAAGGCAAAGGACUGGAACUAUUUCCUCAACUCAUUAUCACAAUGGCACUUGUGUGUGAUAGAAAACGCAAAUUCAACUGCAGAAGUGUCUUCAGUUUUUCCGCUUCUGAAGAGAGAGAAGGAGAAUGUAACGGCUCCAAACUCAACAAAGAGUUCCUCUUCUGUCAGUCUUCUUCAUCUCAUGGUUCCUCGGGUUGUUGCAACCAGCCCACAACAAAACUCGCUGAAGGACGUUAGUUUACUGACAACUUUUAAAGCCAAUCAGCUUCAUCUUGAAGGCAAAGAAAUCUUUUACUUCAAGUUGGAGAUUGUAUCUGAAAACAGUAACCACACCUGCCUCACCAUAAGUGCUCCAACACACCUCCUUCCCUUGAGUCUGCUUCCCCCACGCUGCCCAGCUUCAGAGAAAAACAUUCCAGCCAUUCAAGUGGAACCGAGCAGCCAGCGGCCUACAGCCUCACAAACCUGCUACAGGCUGCAGUCCAAGAAUGACCCUGCACUAACAGUGAUGUUAACACCGGAAGAGCAAAGUGUGGCGGUGCGACAUCUACUGGAAGUCAGCAUAGGUCUGUUUGGAGUUUGUUUGAUGAUCUCUUUGGCUGCGAGUCUGACACGUUCACUCACACGCCACCACCACUGGAAAGAACUGGACCUCCAAAGUGAGGCCUUGAUUGAUAGCUGAAUGUUUUUCCAGCAUCAUGAAGAAAUCGACUGAAGGUUGAAAGACAUGAAAAUGCAGAACUAUUGUUUAACCUGUUCACCAGCUGUUAAAAAUGUACACAUUGUAGGGAGUACAGCUUGUCAGGUGAAAACAGUGGUGUGAUAUUUUCUGUUGCUCUGAAGUAAAGUUGUAUUUUAAUUAAUUCUGGUAAUUUAAUCUUGAUUAUGCCAGUUUUAGUUUAAAGACUAAGUAGUUGUUUGAGUUCUGGCUUGACUUUUAAGAUUGAUUUAUACAGAAUGCCAAAAUGAGUGUAUUUCCCUUUGUUUAAUUACUGUUUCUACAGAUGUUUUAUAACUUUAGAAAUGUUCAGCAUGUAUGUAAAGAGGGAGUAUUGACUUUUAAAUGGGUGUUUAUUGUAAUGCUGUCUACAAAUGUGCAUUAUAUGUGGUGCCAAGUGUACUACAGGAAAUAAGUUAAUGAAUGUAAUAAAAUUAAAAUAACAUUUUUUCAUUCACCUUUAUGACAGUUUAAGAUCUGUUUUAGUUUUGUUAUUUGUUUUUAGGAGUUAAAGUAGCAUUGUUACCCCUUAUUCCUAGGUUGCAGGA